AUGAGCACAAAGGCAUUCAGUUUAGAGAAAGCUUUUAUAGCAAAUGUGGCAGAAUUGUUCAGAUAUUUAGAUACAUUAAAUGUUCCCAAGUUAUCAAAAGCUCUAGAUUUAGAAAAGGAAAUAAAAAAGUCCUCAAAAGCCAAUAGUAAUAAUACAUUAAAGUCGACAUAUAGUGCAGCCACCAAUGUAUAUUGUAUAUUUCAAGACCAAAUUUUACCAUGUAUUAAUGCAUUUUGCCAUUUGCAUACAAUUAAAAUGAUGUCAAUUGCACAAAUAUUUCAUGAAAGAUUGGUUAAAUCAUUAACCAAAGACUUUUUUACAGAAGCAAAGGCACAACAUUAUAUUGGGCUUUUACAAUUUUUUCAAAAGACGUUAGAUUUUUUACCACUGGAUAAAAGAAAGAUGAUGGGUGACCUUACAAUUGCAGUGUUAAAUCAUUUGAAUACAUAUGUAGUAGACCCAGAUUCAGCGGUAGUUGGUUUAAUUCCAAGUGAUGACCUAUUAAAUAAAAUAUCAAGAGAUUAUGAUAUGGCAAGACUGGACGAAAAAUAUAGUGAAAAAGAAGAAGAGCACUUCCACAAGGAAAAGGAAAAGGAAAAAGAAAGGGAGGGGUUAUCAUCACUAUCUAUUUCAAGUGCCACCUCAGCAUUUUCAUUGAUUAUGAAAUCAAAUGAUUCAAACUCUACCUCUUCAUCUGGUGGUAACAUCAACACAAACAACAUUAGUUUAAAUUCAACUGGUUUUUCAACUUUAAUGAAUUCAAAUACAAGCAGUAAUAGGGAUAGCUACUAUAGUAUUUCUAGCAGUACUGGUAUAAAUAAUAGCAAUAGUAUUAAUAACAACAAUAGUAAUAGUAAUAACAAUAUGACAAACAAUACUUUACCAUUUCCAAUAAUAUCAACAUCAAGAGCAUCACUUUUAAUGAAUGUUAUCAAUUGGAGCGCUUUAGAUGAUAUUAAUCAAAUUGCAAAAUCUGUAAGAAGAUAUGCAUCACUUUUAAGAGGUUGCGAUAGAAUUAAAAAAGGUGAUUUAAUCAUUGUAAGAUUCAAUCAAUACCAACAAAAUUCACAUAAAAAAACAUUUAUUGGUGGGUUUAAGGUAAGCCACCAAGUUAAUAAUAGUAAUGGUGCUAUUUCACCAUCAUCAACUUUACAAGAUAUUUCUAGUAAUAAUCAAACACAAUCAACACAUAAAAACAAAUCAGUUAUAACAUUAGAGGAAUAUGUCGAAAAAAUAAGUUUAUCAACAUCAAACCCAUCCCCAUUAACAAAUACAUUUAAACCAAGGGCUCAAUUUGCAAGAUACACUGGAGAAAGAGAAGAUUAUUUUAUCAAAGUCUAUUUUUCAUCCGAAGAGAAUGAAGAGGUAUUAGUUGGCAUUGAAGAUGUUUUGGUUUUAAAUAAAUAUACUAUUGAUUCAUUAAAGGAUAUUAAACUUACCGAUAAAAUGAUAUGCCACCCAUCAGAGAAAUUUUACACACAAGUUUUAGAUGAAGUUAGACAUCUUUCAAUUUCAUCGUUAGAAAAUCUUGGUGUCGAUUUAGAUUUUAUUCACAAUGUAUUGCAAAAUUCUAAUAUAAAUAGCUUAGCACGUAUCAAGCAAAUGCACUCAACCCUCACAAACAUAUCCAACAAUCCAGACCAUCCGUUAUUCAAAGAUUUAGAAAAAGCAAUUGGUGAAAAAAUCGAUCUCUACUUAAACCAACAGUUGGAUAUGAGAUUUAUGUUUAUACCAAGAUACGAUAGCACAGUCAAUGAGUUAAAGAGCUCAUCAUUUUUACAAGCCUCUAUGAGUAAGGUUAAACAAGCAUUGGGUGGAUGUGAAUUAGCAAUGGACCGAUUAAGACAAGAAAAAGAUUUAUAUAUGAAUGGUAUCAAAAAAGAACAAAUCAAUGCAUGGAUGUUAAAGAGAGUCGAAACAAGAACAAACGAAUUUUUAACAGAACGUGGUUACAACUUCUCUGCAAUUCCAGAUAAUUAUAUUGAACAACCUCCCAAUAAUAUCAAUGAUGUUUUUUCAAAUUUAAUGUUAAUUCAAAAGAUUUUAGAUCCCCAAGAGCAAAUGAUAGAAAUUAUUACUAUCGAAGAGGAUAAAAAGGAAGCUAUUGAUAAUAGGGUUGAAAAGAAAAAGGGUGGCUCAUCAUCAAAUAUUACAGUUUCAUCAAGCUUACCAAAUACCCCAACAAAACUAAACGAAAGUAGUGGCAGUAUUAAUGUACCAUUAAAUAAUAGCACAGGUAAAAUUAGUCGUAGUGGUAGUGUUGUACUUCGAUCACCACCAAAAGAAAUUCCAGCUAAUAGACAAUCAAGCGGCUCAUUUGCUAGUAUUGGUAGUAAUAAUCAAUCACCAAUUUCAGCCUCAUUUACAAAUAAUAAUAAAUCAAAUAAUAAUAUUGAUGAUACAAGUAGUAAUAAUAGUAAUACACCAAAUUUUAUUCAAAAUUCUACCAAUACAAGUAGUCAAUCAUUACUUUCACAACCAAUUAACUUAACACUAUCAAAUAAAUUUUUCAGCUCACCAAUACCAUUAAUUAAAGAAUUAAGAGAAGAGAUCUAUCCAAUUAUCCACGAUUUUGUAAAUAAAUGUCAAAUUAUUUUAGCAGAUCAAUUUAAGUUGGAAAAAUUCUCUACUGAAGCUGUUAAACAAGCUUUAAAGGAGGCUAAAGAAUCUGAAUCAAUCGAAAUAACAAGUUUAAACUAUAUCGAAGAUAUGGUUUAUGAUUUGGACUAUUUAUCUGAAAUGGAAAGAUUAGAAGAUGCCAAAAAUGAAAGAUCACCCCACAUUGUACCAGUUGGUGGCUUAGUUAUCAAUACAUUUGCUCGUUAUGAAAACGAGUUAAAUACAGUUAUGGAACUUUGGAAUGAAAGCUCAGAUACCUCAAGUGAAGAUGGGGAUGGCUCUGGUACUACUAACACCAACUCAAUAACUACUUCCUUAGAUAGCAGUGGCGGCACAUUAACAUUAACAGUUACCAAGAAACAACCCCAACGUUUUGAUGAAGGUAAUGCCGAUAUUGUUAAGCUUUUGCUUCAAGUCGAUGAUAUUGAUGUAACCAUUAAAAACAAAGAUGGUGCAUCGGUUCUUCAUUAUCUAGUUAGACAUUCACUAACCGAAAAGAGAAAAGAAGCAAUUUUAGAAAUUAUUAAAAAAGGUUUAGAUAUUAGCAUUACAAACAUAUCCAAAUUUAUUUAUAUUCUUUAUAAUAUUGGUAAAGAAACAUCGCUACAUUAUGCCGUAACAGCUGGUAGAGCAAAUAUAGUAUCAACAUUAUUACAAAAUGGCGCACAGUGGAACAUUGUUUCAAAAAGAGGUACACCAUUAGAUUUAGCAAGAAACGCAAAACUAACACAUAUAGUUCAACUAUUAGAGAAUGGUCCGGAUGUUGAUAAUUUUGCAUGGAGAAAACAAAAUAAAACUUUAUUGCAGCAACAAAAAGUUAUGCAAAUACUCAGACAACAACAAUUACCCAAACAUUCAAAUUAUCACGAAUAUCGUAAAAAUCAAGAUGAAUAUAAUCAACAAUUAAAUUUACACCAAGCUCAAGCCUCUCUACCAAAUUUAAAUAAAAAUAACAAUAAUAAUAAAGAAUCAGGUGAUCAAAAUAAUAAUAAUAAUAAUAAUAAUAAUAGUAAUAAUAAUAAUAAUAAUAAUAAUAAUAAUAAUAAUAAUAAUAAUAUUAUUAUUAUUGAUAAUGGUAAUAAUAAUGGUAAAAAUAAUAAUUUGGAUAGCAAUAUCGAUAAUAAUAGUAAUAAUGUAAAUAAAUCAGAUAAUAAUACCGAUAAUACCAAUACUAAAAUCAGUAGUGAUAAUAAAAAUAAUGAUCACCCAAAUAGUGAUAUGUUUUUAAGAAAAUAUAAAAUUUCAAUUGGUGGGUCAAGAGCAAAUAUUAGAAGAAAAUCAUCAUCAUCAUCAUCAUCAUCAUCAUCAUCAUCAUCAUCAUCAUCUACUAGUUUACCAACCUCAAAUCAAGAAACUGUUAAAUCAACAACUUCAUUUACUCCAAUAUCACCUAAUUUAAAUAAUGAUAAAACUAACAACAAUAAUAUAACUGAUAAUAAUAAAAAUAAUAAAAAUAAUAAUAAUAAUAAUAAUAAUAAUAAUAAUAAUAAUAAUAACAACAAUAAUAAUAAUAAUAAUAAUAUUAACAAUAAUAUUAAAACAUCUUCUUUAAUUAGUGAUGCAUUUUUAGAAACAGUUAGUUCUUUACCACCACCCCCAACAACAAUAACGCCAAGAAAGUAA